CCCCUUUUCAAUAUGGCUGCCGUAUCUACACUCUCCAGUAACGCUCCGAUUGGAUAUUGACUCGACUCUGUAUCUUAAUGCCUCUUAUUUUUUGACUUUAUCAACGAUAUUUAGUAUCAAAUUCAAUCUGAAUCUAUUACUCUCCCUUAUUUUAUUUAAUGCAUUAGCAAACCUUCACCAACCACUACGUCGGGCCUUUUCCCCCAAAACAACCAGGUGCCAACAAUUCGUAUCCAUCAACAAUUUCCAAUGGUUUGACUACACUUUUCCUUUGUUAUUUCUUAAUGAACAAUGUGUGAAAACUGCGCCGAGCUGGUGGAGGUUUUAAAUGAAAUAUCGGAUGCAGACAGCAAUGAGGGCCUACAGCUGAAGAAGGAGCAUGCUUUACGAGUCUUCAGCUACAUCAGCUCAUGGACCCAGAGGCAAUGUCUAUGCUGCUUCAAGGAGUACAAGCACCUGGAGGUGUUCAACCAGCUGGUCUACGCCCUCAUCAACCUGGUCAUCGCUCAGGUCACCAGCCUGAGGGACCGCCUCUGCAGCGCCACCAGCCAACGGGGCGUCACUGACACAGGGGACGGGGCCACAGGUGGCGCGGAGGGGCCCGWGACAGAAUGGGGAGGCGAGGGAGGGGGUGGAAUAACUGGAGUUGGGCCACACCCCCAGCAACCGCCCUCCUCGCCUGUUGAGGACGAGCCGUUGAAUGUGGAGAGGGACUCGGCGGAGGAGGAUGCCGCCGGGGACGCCCCGGAGCAGAACCAGAAUAACAACAACCAGAACCCAGUCCAGGGGACGAGCCAGGCCCAGCAGGAGGCCCCCAAGCCAGAGGAAAGUAGUAGUGGUAUUGGCGCGUCUGAGGCUGGAGCUAGCAGCAGUACGGACAGCCAGGCCCAGGAGGACAUGUUUGACUCGUGGAGCACCGAGGACCGGGAGAAGCUGCUGCUCUGCGCCGCCAAGAUCUUCCAGAUUCAGUUCCCACUGUACACGGCUUACAAACACAACACACACCCCACCAUAGAGGACAUCUCUGCUCAUGAAAGCAAUAUCCUCGGCUCCUUCUGCGACAUGAACGAUGUGGAGGUCCCCUUGCACUUGCUGCGCUAUGUUUGCCUGUUCUGUGGUAAGCACGGUCUGUCGCUCAUGAAGGACUGCUUUGAGUCAGGCACGCCGGAGAGCCUGCCCUUCCCCAUCGCCCACGCCUUCAUCACCAUCGUCUCCAAUAUCCGAAUAUGGUUGCACAUUCCCGCCGUCAUGCAGCACAUCAUACCGUUCCGCACGUAUGUAAUACGGUACCUGUGCAAGCUGUCGGACCAGGAGCUGCGUCAGAGCGCGGCACGCAACAUGGCCGACCUGAUGUGGAGCACGGUGAAGGAGCCGCUGGACAGCGCGCUGUGCUUCGACAAGGAGAGUCUGGACCUGGCCUUCAAGUACUUCAUGUCCCCCACGCUCACCAUGAGGCUGGCCGGCCUCAGCCAAAUCACGAAUCAGCUCCACACCUUCAACGAUGUCUGUAAUAAUGAGUCUCUGGUGUCCGACACCGAAACGUCAAUAGCAAAGGAACUCGCUGACUGGCUAAUCAACAACAAUGUGGUGGAGCACAUAUUUGGACCAAAUUUGCACAUAGAGAUAAUUAAACAGUGCCAAGUGAUCCUGAACUUCCUUGCCGCAGAGGGCAGGCUCAGCACCCAGCAUGUGGACUGCAUCUGGGCCGCAGCUCAGCUGAAGCACUGUAGCCGUUACAUCCACGACCUGUUCCCCUCGCUCAUCAAGAACCUGGACCCGGUGCCGCUGCGCCACGUCCUCAACCUGGUGUCUGGCCUGCACCCCAGCGCACACACCGAACAGACCCUGUACCUGGCCUCCAUGCUGAUCAAGGCUCUGUGGAACAACGCCCUGUCCGCAAAGGCCCAGCUCUCCAAGCAGAGCUCCUUCGCCUCGCUGCUCAACACCAACGUCCCCAUGGGCAACAAGAAAGGCUCCCCAGCGGCCAGCCCGGACAGCAGUGACAACAGCGACACUCACCACAGCGGCGGUAGCGACAUGGAGAUGGACGAGCAGAUGAUGGGCGGCAGCAAGCGGGGCCAGCAGAGACUCUCUGACACGGAGGAGUCGAUGCAGGGCAGCUCGGACGAGACGGCCAACAGCAUGGAGGAGGGCAGCAGUGGGCCGGGCAGCAGCAGUGGCCACAGCGAGGGCUCCAGCAACGAGGCGGGCUCCAGCCGUGCCAGCCAGUCAGCGGGAAGCCCCGGCAGCGAGCUGCACUCUGAUGACAUGGCUGACAGCGAGGUCCUCAAGGAGGAAGAGGAGGAGGAAGAUGACGAAGAUGAUGAUGAAGAUGAGGACGACGAAGAGGAUGAAGAGGGGAACAACCGGGGUGUAGCGGCCGAGGGCAGUCCGCAGAAGCAGCCCCSGGACCAGCCGGAGGUCAGGAAGCGGAAAGCGGGCGAGGCGCUGGUGGAGGAGCAUGGCGACAGAACCGAAAGAGGGGCAGGAGACGGACCAAAACCCAAAUGUUUGCCCUUUAACCCCGAGGCAGCCGUCGGCAUGGUAACGGCUGCGGUAUCGAUGGAGGGCCGCAUGAGGAUGCUGGACGCCUGCUCGGCCCGGCCUGAGGGGCCCGAACAACAACAUUCAGAGAUGGGAGGCCCCUCAUCUCAAAUGGCCCCGGGCCCCCAGGAGCAGACCUGCCUGCCCUGCCCCGGGGACUUCCUGGGGGACGCCAUGGGCAACGAGCUGUUCAACUGCCGACACUUCAUCGGGCCUCACAACCACCAUCAUCACCACCACCAUGAAGGGCACAUGGUGGACGACAUGCUGAGCGCAGAUGACGUGUCCUGCAGCAGCUCCCAGAUCAGCGCCAAGUCGGAGAAGAACAUGGCCGAUUUUGACGGUGAGGAGUCUGGCUGUGAGGAGGAGCUGGUGCAGAUCAACUCGCACGCCGAGCUCAGCUCCCACUUGCAGCAACACCUGCCCAACCUGGCCUCUAUCUACCACGAGCACAUGGUGCAAGGCCCGCAGGUCCACAAGCACCAGUACUCUGGCAACGCCGUGACUGACAUCAACCUGGACAACGUGUGCAAGAAGGGCAACACGCUGCUCUGGGACCUGGUGCAGGAUGAGGACGCGAUCCACCUUUCGGAGGGCUUGAUCAACGAGGCGGAGAAGCUCCUGUGCUCUCUGGUGUGCUGGUUCACCGACCGUCAGAUCCGCAUGCGUUUCAUCGAGGGCUGCCUGGAGAACCUAGCCCACCACAGAUCUGUGGUCGUCUCCCUGCGCCUUCUUCCCAAACUUUUCGGCACUUUUCAGCAGUUCGGCUCCAGCUACGACACCCACUGGAUCACCAUGUGGGCGGAGAAGGAGCUGCACAUGAUGAAGCUGUUCUUUGAGAACCUGCUGCACUACAUCCAGGAAGUCCGAGAGCAGAGGCACAAGUUUGCCCUGUAUGGCCACAGUGCGGAGGUCCAAGUUCGCUUGCAGUUCCUGACCUGUGUCUUCUCCACACUGGGCUCCCCAGACCACUUCAGACUGAGUCUAGAGCAGGUGGACAUCCUGUGGCACUGCCUGGUGGAGGACGGAGAGUGUUACGACGACGCGCUGCACUGGUUCCUCAACCAGGUCCGCAGCAAAGACCAGCACGCCAUGGGCAUGGAGACCUACAAACACCUCUUCCUGGAAAAGAUGCCCCAGCUGAAGCCGGAGACCAUCAGCAUGACGGGCCUCAACCUCUUCCAGCAUCUCUGUAACCUGGCCCGUCUGGCCACCAGCGCCUACGACAGCGGCUCCAACUGCGAGCUGUGUGGCAUGGACCAGCUGUGGGGCAUCGCCCUCAGGGCCCAGUCCGCAGACAUCAGCCGCGCUGCCAUCCAGUACAUCAACUCCUACUACAUCAACGCUGGUAAGACGGGCCUGGAGAAGGAGCAGGAGUUCAUCAGUAAGUGCAUGGAGAGCCUGAUGAUGACCUCGGCCAACCUGGAGAAGGACGCCCACUCCAGCCUCACCGUCAUCGAGAGGGGCCUGCUCAUGCUCAAGACCCACCUGGAGGCCUUCCGACGCAGGUUUGCGUACCACCUGCGUCAGUGGCAGAUCGAGGGCACGGGCAUCAGCAGCCACCUAAAGGCGCUGAGCGACAAGCAGUCUCUGCCACUGAGGAUCGUGUGCCAGCCCGCCGGCCUGCCCGACAAGAUGACCAUCGAGAUGUACCCCAGUGACCAGGUGGCAGACCUGCGGGCCGAGGUGACCCACUGGUACGAGAACCUGCAGAAGGAGCAGAUGAACCAGCAGGCCCAGCUGCAGGAGUUUGGGCAGAGCAGCCGCCAGGUGGACUUCCCAGGUGGUUUGAUGGGCCCGGUCAGAAUGAUCUCCUCUGGCCAUGAGCUCACCACGGACUACGAUGAGAAGACCCUGCAUGAGCUGGGCUUCAAAGACAUGCAGAUGGUGUUUGUCUCGCUGGGCGCCCCACGGCGGGAGCGUAAGGGCGAGGGGGUGCAGCUCCCAGCCUCGUGUCUCCCCCCGCCCCAGAAGGAGCACAUCCCCAUGCUACUGCUGCUCCAGGAGCCCCACCUCACCACCCUGUUUGACCUGCUGGAGAUGCUGGCCUGCUUCAAGCCCCCCAGUGCCCUGGGAGACAGCCCCGAGAACCUACGAUGUGAGGAGCUGCAUCUCCAUGCUGAAAACCUGUCGAGGCGCGUCUGGGAGCUGCUCAUGCUGCUGCCCACCUGCCCCAACAUGCUGCUGGCCUUCCAGAACAUCGCCGAUGACACGGGAGGCGAGGGUCUGUGCUGGAAGGACCUGCUGAGGAUCAAGAGCCCCCACAAGCUACUGUACGCCCUGGAGAUCAUCGAGGCCCUGGGCAAGCCCAACCGACGCAUCCACCGGGAGUCCACGGGGAGCUACAGUGACCUGUACCCAGACUCUGACGACUCCAGCGAGGACCAGAUAGAGAACAGUAAGAACUCCUGGAGCUGCAAGUUUGUGUCGUCUGGAGGACUUCAGUUGCUGUUGGAGAUCUUCAACUCUGCCAUUCUGGAGCCCAAGGACCAGGAGUCUUGGACAGUGUGGUUGUUGGACUGCCUGGCUUGCCUGCUUAAGCUCAUCUGCCAGUUUGCGGUGGACCCGGCCGACCUUGACCUAGCCUACCACGACGUCUUCUCCUGGUCGGGCCUCACCGACAGCCAGCGCAAAAGGGCCUGGCCUGGCAAGUCCCGCAAGUCCGCCGGCGACCACGGCAAGGGCCUGCACAUCCCCCGCCUCACAGAGGUUUUCCUGGGCCUUGUCCAAGGCACCAACCUGAUCCAGCGCUUGAUCAACGUGGCCUACACGUACGACAACCUAGCACACAGAGUUUUGAAGGCCCAAUCGGAUCACCGGUCCCGCCAUGAAGUGACCCACUACUCCAUGUGGCUGCUGGUGAGCUGGGCCCACUGCUGCUCCACGGUCAAGUCCGGUCUGGCCGACAGCGACCACCUCCACGACUGGCUCAAGAAGCUCACCCUGCUGGUGCCGGAGACGGCGGUGCGUCACGAGGCGUGUAACGGCCUGUACAAGCUGUCCCUGUCGGGUCUGGAGGGAGGAGAGUCCAUCAACAGGUCCUUCCUGCUGCUGGCCGCCUCCACGCUGCUCAAGUUCCUCCCCGACGCACAGGCCCUCAAACCACUGCGGGUGGAGGACUAUGAAGAGGAGCCCGUGCUGAGGACGGGCUGUAAGGAGUACUUCUGGCUGCUGUGCAAGCUCAUCGACAACAUCCACGUCAAAGACGCCAGCCAAACCACUCUGUUGGACCUGGAUGCUUUAGCCAGACACCUGGCCGACUGCAUACGGAGCCGUGAGAUCCUGGACCAGCAGGACGGCGCCAUCGAGGACGACGGCCUCACGGGCCUCCUGCGCCUCGCCACCAGCGUCCUCAAACACAAGCCCCCCUUCAAGUUCUCCCGAGAGGGCCAGGAGUUCCUGCGCGACGUCCACAACCUGCUCUUCCUCCUUCCCAGCCUGGCCGACCGCGCCCAGCCCAAGUGCAAGUCGCAUGCRGCCCGCGCCGCCGCCUACGACCUCCUGGUGGAGACGGUGAAGGGCUCGGUGGAGAACUACAGRCUGCUUCACAACUGGGUCAUGUCCCAGCACAUGCAGACCUCUCACGCCCCGUACAAGUGGGACUACUGGCCCCACGAUGACGUGCGUGCCGAGUGUCGCUUCGUAGGCCUCACUAACCUGGGGGCCACCUGCUACCUGGCCUCCACUAUCCAACAGCUCUACAUGAUCCCUGAGGCACGCCAGGCCGUCUUCACUGCGAAGUACGCAGAGGAGAUUAAGCACAAGACCACCUUACUGGAGCUCCAGAAGAUGUUCACCUAUCUCAUGGAGAGCGAGAGGAAGGCGUACAACCCCCGGCCGUUCUGUAAGACCUACACCAUGGACAAGCAGCCCCUGAACACGGGCGAGCAGAAGGACAUGACCGAGUUCUUCACCGACCUCAUCACCAAGAUAGAGGAGAUGUCCCAGGACCUGAAGAACACAGUGAAGACGCUCUUUGGAGGGGUCAUCACCAACAAUGUGGUCUCGCUGGACUGUGACCACGUGAGUCAGACAGCCGAAGAGUUCUACACCGUCCGGUGCCAGGUGGCCGACAUGAAGAACAUCUACGAAUCUCUGGACGAGGUGACCAUCAAGGACACUCUGGAGGGGGACAACAUGUACACCUGCUCCCAGUGUGGCAAGAAAGUACGCGCCGAGAAGAGGGCCUGCUUCAAGAAGCUGCCUCGCAUCCUGAGCUUCAACACCAUGCGCUACACCUUCAACAUGGUCACCAUGAUGAAGGAGAAGGUCAACACGCACUUCUCCUUCCCCCUGCGCCUCGACAUGACCCCCUACACUGAGGACUUCCUCAUGGCCAAGGGCGACAGGAAAGAGGGUUUCCGGGAGGAGGGUGAGGCUAAGGUGGCGGAGAGCUACGAGUACGACCUCAUCGGCGUCACGGUUCACACGGGCACGGCCGACGGCGGCCAUUACUACAGUUUCAUCCGGGACAUCGUCAACCCGCACGCCUACAAGAAUAACAAAUGGUACCUAUUCAACGAUGCCGAGGUGAAGCCCUUUGAUUCAGCCCAGCUAGCCUCCGAGUGCUUCGGUGGAGAGAUGACGACAAAAACGUACGAUUCUGUCACCGACAAGUUCAUGGACUUCUCCUUUGAGAAGACCCACAGCGCCUACAUGCUUUUCUACAAGAGAGUGGAGCUAGAGGAGGAAAAUGGCAAGGACUUCAACUUCGACGUUUCUCCAGAUCUACUCGAGUGGAUUUGGCAAGACAACAUGCAGUUUCUCCAGGACAAGAACAUAUUCGAGCACACAUACUUUGGGUUCAUGUGGCAGCUUUGCAGCAGCAUCCCUAGCACUUUACCAGACCCCAAAGCCAUCUCCCUCAUGACUGCCAAGCUUAGCACGUCGUUUGUCCUGGAGACGUUCAUUCACUCCAAGGAAAAGCCCACCAUGYUGCAGUGGAUCGAGCUACUGACCAAACAAUUCAACAACAGCCAGGCGGCCUGCGAGUGGUUUUUGGACCGCAUGGCUGAUGAUAACUGGUGGCCCAUGCAGAUCCUCAUCAAGUGCCCCAAUCAGAUUGUUCGACAGAUGUUUCAGAGGCUGUGUAUCCACGUCAUCCAGAGGCUACGGCCAGUCCACGCCCACCUCUACCUACAACCUGGCAUGGAGGACGGGUCUGACGACAUGGACGGGCCGGUGGAGGACAUUGGCAGCCGCUCGUGCGUGACGCGCUUCGUCAAGACGCUGCUGUCCAUCAUGGAGCACGGCGUCAAGCCCCACAGCAAACACCUGACUGAGUACUUCGCCUUCCUCUACGAGUUCGCCAAGAUGGGAGAGGAGGAGAGUCAGUUCCUUCUGUCCCUACAAGCCAUUUCCAUCAUGGUGCACUUCUACAUGGGCACGAAGGGGCCUGAGAACCCCCAGGUGGAGGUGCUGUCUGAGGAGGAGGGAGAAGAGGAGGAUGAGGAGGAGGACAUCUUAUCCCUGGCGGAAGAGAAGUACCGCCCUGCCGCCUUGGAGAAGAUGAUAGCUCUCAUCGCCCUGCUGGUGGAACAGUCCCGCUCUGAGAGACACCUGACUCUGUCCCAGAGUGACAUGGCAGCCCUGACCGGGGGGAAAGGCUUCCCCUUCCUCUUCCAGCACAUCCGAGACGGCAUCAACAUCAGGCAGACCUGCAACCUCAUCUUCAGCCUGUGUCGCUACAACAACCGCCUGGCCGAGCACUCCACAUCCCCACGCGGGACCUGCCCCUGUCCCCCGACACCACCGUGGUGCUCCACCAGGUGUACAACCUGCUUCUGGGCCUGCUGGGUCGGGCCAAGCUCUACGUGGAUGCGGCGGUGCAUGGGACCACCAAGCUGGUGCAGUACUUCAGCUUCAUGACCUACUGCCUCAUCUCCAAGACGGAGAAGCUCAUGUUCUCCGGUUACUUCAUGGACCUGUGGAACCUCUUCCAGCCCAAGCUGUCUGAACCAGCCAUCGCCACUAACCACAACAAGCAGGCCCUGCUCUCCUUCUGGUACAACGUGUGUAUGGAGUGUCCCGAGAACGUCCGUCUGGUCGUCCAGAACCCCGUGGUCACUAAGAACAUCGCCUUCAACUACAUCCUGGCUGACCACGAUGACCAGGAGGUGGUGCUGUUCAACCGGGGAAUGCUGCCUGCGUACUACGGCAUCCUGAGGAUGUGCUGCGAGCAGUCGCCCGCCUUCACCCGCCAGCUGGCCUCGCACCAGAACAUCCAGUGGGCCUUCAAGAACCUCACGCCGCACGCCAGCCAGUACCCAGGGGCGGUGGAGGAGCUGUUCAACCUGAUGCAGCUGUUUGUGGCCCAGCGGUCGGACAUGAGGGAGGAGGAGCUGGAGGACGUCAAGCAGUUUAAGAAGACCACCAUCAGCUGCUACCUCCGCUGCUUGGACGGACGCUCCUGCUGGACCACACUCAUCAGUGCCUUCCGUGUGUUGUUGGAGAACGAUGAGGACAGACUACUGGUGGUCUUCAACAGAGGACUCAUCCUCAUGACAGAGUCGUUCAACACCCUGCACAUGAUGUACCACGAGGCCACAGCGUGUCAUGUGACGGGGGACCUGGUGGAACUGCUGUCUAUCUUCCUGUCGGUCCUCAAGGCCACGCGGCCCUAUCUGCAGCGCAAAGACGUGAAGCAGGCUCUUAUCCAGUGGCAGGAGAGGAUCGACUUUGCCCACAAGCUGCUCACCCUCCUCAACUCCUACAGCCCUCCGGAGCUCCGCAACGCCUGCCUGGAUGUUCUGAAGGAGCUGGUCCUGUUGAGUCCCCAUGACUUCCUGCACACUCUGGUGCCCUUCCUGCAGCACAACCACUGCACCUACCACCACAGCAACAUCCCCAUGUCCUUUGGGCCUUACCUGCCCUGCAGAGAGAACAUCAAGCUGAUGGGAGGCAAGAACAACGUCCGGCCCCCCAGACCUGAACUCAACAUGUGCCUCCUGCCUUCCAUGGUGGAGACCAGCAAGGGUAAAGAUGAGGUGUAUGACCGGAUGCUCCUCGACUACUUUCUCUCCUACCACCAGUUCAUCCACCUGCUGUGUCGAGUCGCCAUCAACUGCGAGAAGUUCACCGAGACCCUUGUCAAACUAAGUGUCCUGAUAGCGUACGAGGGCUUGCCUCUGCACUUGGCCCUCUUCCCCAAGCUGUGGACGGAGCUUUGCCAGUCUCAGUCGGCCCUGGCUAAGACGUGUGUGAAGCUUCUGUGCGAGGACCCGGCGUUCGGCGAGUACAUCAAGUGYAUCCUGAUGGACGAGAGAACCUUCCUCAACAACAACAUGGCCUACUCCUUCCUCACCUGCUUCCUGCACAAGGUCCAGAGCCAGGUGCUGUCAGGCCCCAGCUGCGCCAACCUGAUCAGUYUGCUGGUGACCAACCUGCUGAACGAGUACCACAGCCUACAGCCCGAGCUGGCCUCGCACCGCCUGGAGCUGAGCAAGACCAGCGGCCUCCUCAACGCUGACCUGCGAGCGUUGGCGUUGAUGUUUUCCAUACACACCCCCCAGGCGUUGGACCCGGCUCUGGGUCCGGCCCUGCAGGAGUUGCUGUCCAAGUGUAGCGCCUGUGUGCAGCAACGCAGCGCGCUCGAACAGGAGGCCAAGGACCGCAAGGCCAAAGCGGAGGAGGAGGGCGCCACCCCAGUGAAGCGCCGGCGGAUGAGUAGCGACGACGGCCCCGGGGAAGGAACCAGCGCCGGCACCAGCACCGGGGGUGUGACCGUAUCCGGACCCACCUGUGCUGCCUCCACCUCCUCCUCCCUCCCCCCAUGUGUCGAGCUGAAGCCGGAGCACCAGGAGGCACUGACUCCCACCAGCACCUCGGACACRGAGACGCGGGACUCCUCGUCCCUCAUCGACCCGGGAACCGAGCACGACCCGCCCUCACCGGAUCCUACCGCUGCCACCAGUUGCAGCCAACCCCCUGGGGACGCCUCCCCCAAGGAGGAGAAGAUGGAGGCUUCCUCUUCCUCCUCUUCCUCAUCAUCAUCCUCUUCCUCCCUCCCGGAGACGGGAGAGUUGUCGUACGGCGGCAGCGGACAGGGAGGGAAGGAGCCGCAGUCGUCUCAGACUCAGCAGGCAGCCAUGGCAGGAGCGGAGGAGGAAGAGAGGAGGGAAGCAACGGCGGCAAUGGAUGAGACUUGCGGAGGCUCGGCCGCCCUGGCCUCGGAGGACCUGGCCUUYCCAUCUGCCCUGGGGCUGGCAGGAGAGGGGCCAGAGGUCCCAGGGUGCAGUAGCCACGCCCCCUCGCAGGCUCUGACGAACUCUGCCCCGCCUCCGGACACCCUGGAAAUGCUCUACAGGACAGUGGAGGCCACUAUCGCCGUGGUUACAAAACUAUUUGGGAAAGGGCCGUGCUCCGCCUCCUCGUGACAUCCCCAUUAUUGCUCUCAGCGCCAUGAGCCCUUUUUAAAAAUAUUUUUUGUCUGUUAUUUUUUUUCUCUAAAUGAAUUAUGCUCUUUCGUUUAACACUUUUCUUUCCCUGUUUUCAUCCUUUCGUUUGUUGUUUCCCUUUUCUGUGURUGUUGCGUUGGCCUCUGCUGACGUGCUUCUAUCAGUUCUUGUGCUCCGGUAUGUCACGCGAUCACUCCUCCCCAGCUUCAAUGGCAGAAGAAGGCUCCAGACAGCAUGCUCCCAAAUGACUAUAAACAUGCACAGCCGCCAAUCCAUUGGACGAAAGAGAUCAAUGGAUCGGCAAAAAUAAUACUUUUUUUUUUUUAACCUAUUUCAGAGUUCUUUUUGAAGUGACUUAUUUGUUUGAGGUUGCUGUAACGGGGAAAGGUUUACAGGAAUUUUAGUCUCUUCUGUAUGCAAUUUAAUUUUAUUGCAUUUUUACUCUGUAUAAAAUGGUGUCCUCUGUGCCAGUUUUGUACUUUAUGAAAGAGGCAAAAGUUGCCUUGCUUUUUUUCUGUGGUUAAUAUCCAAACUAAGUUUACCUGUACAUUAAAAAAGAACCACAAGAAACUUGAUUCUGUAAAGAAUCUUCUCUAGUUGUUGCCUGGCGGUGUAUAUGAAAACUAUAUAUACAUAUAUAUAUAUAUUUAUAUAUAUUUAUAUAUAUAUAUAUAUAUAUAUAUAUAAUGGUGCUUUAUUUGACACGAUAUCUGUGGGUGAAAUAAAGCAGACUUGGUGUAACAGUUGGAGCUUUAUUUUAUUUACUGAAAAUACAUUCCAUAAUCUAUUGUCAUUCUUGCUUCUUCUGGUUGUUUUGUUUCUUUUUUUAUUUAUUUCAAUAUAGGAUAAAUUAAUAAAAAUUGUAAUAUGAAUAAUUAUGAACUGAAAACCACAAUGAGCUAUGAUCAUUUUUUUCCUAUAGCGUCCUCGCACAUCCUGGAUUAAAUCUGAUUGAUUUAG